AUGUCCAACUCGAACAAAAGCAAGAAGGACAAAGAAAUCCUGGCGGAGUACGAGAGCCAAGUCAAAGAUGUUCGGACGCAGCUGGUGGAGCAGCAGCGCUGUCUGGAGCAGCAGACCGAGAUGCGGGUUCAGCUGCUCCAGGAUCUGCAGGACUUCUUCAGGAAGAAGGCCGAGAUCGAGACGGAGUAUUCCAGAAACCUGGAGAAGCUGGCUGAGCGGUUCAUGGCCAAAACACGCAGCACCAAGGACCACCAGCAGUACAAGAAGGACCAGAACCUGCUGUCUCCGGUCAACUGCUGGUACCUGCUCCUGAACCAGGUGAGGCGGGAGAGCAAAGACCACGCCACCCUCAGCGACCUGUACCUGAACAACGUCAUCACCCGGCUGACACACAUCGGCGAGGACUCGGCCCGCCUGCUGAAGAGGAGCAAAGACAUCAUCUUCCAGCUUCAGGAAGACCUCAUGAAGCUUCUGAAUGAGCUCUACACCGUGAUGAAGACGUAUCACAUGUACCACGCGGAGACCAUCAGUGCAGAAACCAAGCUGCGGGAGGCGGAGCGUCAAGAGGGCCGCGUGAAGGGCGUGUCGGGCUCUGGCGGGGGGGCGGAGCCUGUGUUCGGCCUGCGGAUCGAUGAGCGCCACCAGAGACGCAACGCCGCCCGCAAGAUGGAGAAGAUGAAGGAGAAGAGGAAGGCAAAAUACUCUGAGAACAAACUGAAGACCCUGAAAGCCCGGAACGAGUACCUGCUGACCCUUGAGGCCACCAAUGCGUCCGUCUUCAAGUACUACAUCCACGACUUGCCCGACAUCAUUGACUGCUGUGACCUAGGGUACCACUCCAGUCUGAGCCGGGCCCUGAGGACCUACCUUUCUGCCGAGCUGAGCCUCGAGGCCUCCAGGAGGGCGGGUCUGGAGGUUCUGGAGGGGGCCGUGGAGGGUCUGGACCCGGCCCGGGACCGCCAGCGCCUGCUGGGACUGUAUCCCAACGCCUUCUGCCCGCCGCAGCGCUUCGGCUUCCAGGCACACAUGGGCGACGCGGUGACCCAGAUUGCCUCUCAGCCUCAGGUCCAGGCUGAGCUCACCCUGCGGCUCACCCAGCUUCAGACCCGCCUCACAUCUCUGAAGAUCGAGAACGAGGAGGUGAAGAAGACCUGGGGGGCCACCCUGACCACCCUGCAGGACAUGACGGUGCUGGAGGACUACGACGUGUCGCAGAGCUUCACCCACAGCCCGUCCUCCGAGUCCGUCAAGUCCAGCGUGUCGGACGGAUACCUCAACAAGCCCAGUCUGGCCAAGAGGCGGGCCAACCAGCAGGAGACCGAGCUCUUCUACUUCAACAAAUUCCGUGAAUACCUCGAAGGAAGUAACCUGAUCUCCAAACUGCAAGCCAAACACGACAUCCUGAAGAAAGCCUUAGCUGAGGGAUAUAAAGCCGAGCUGCUGACCACCAGUCGUGGGCGGAAGAACUCCCACAGCAAGCACCAGGACUCUGCUAAAGCCAUCCCUCUGCUGGUGGAGAGCUGCAUCCGCUACAUCAACCUUCACGGUCUUCAGCAUCAGGGUAUUUUCCGGGUGUCUGGGUCACAGGUGGAGGUCAACGACAUCAAGAACUCCUUCGAGAGAGGUAACGACCCGCUGAUUGACGAGGAGAACAACCACGACAUCAACUCGGUGGCGGGAGUCCUGAAGCUGUACUUCAGGGGUCUGGAGAACCCGCUGUUCCCCAAGGACCGCUUCAACGACCUGCUGUCCUGCGUCCGGAUGGACAGUCUGUAUGAGCGAGCUCAGUGCAUCAGGAAGAUCCUGCUGGGCGUCCCCAGAGCUACGCUGGUGGUGAUGCGCUACCUGUUCGCCUUCCUCAACCAUCUCUCCCAGUACAGCGAUGAGAACAUGAUGGACGCUGGAAAUCUAGCCAUCGUGUUUGGACCGACACUCCUGCCGACCCCCGACACGCUGGACCAGGUGGCCUGUCAGGCACACGUCAACGAGGUGGUGAAAACAGUCAUCCUGAACCACGACAACAUCUUCCCCGACUCCAAGGAGCUGCCGGGCCCGGUCUAUGAGAAGUGCAUGACGGGAGACCAGUACUGCGAGAGUCCGUUCAGCGAGCCAGGAGCCUUGGAGGAGACUGAGCCUGAUGGUGGCACUGAGACCCAGACCAGCGAUGAGGACGGUGAAGCUGUGGAGGCAGUGGCAAGGUUUGACUACGUGGGCCGAUCGGGUCGCGAGCUGUCCUUCCAGAAAGGGGCAUCGCUGCAGCUCUUCCAGCGGGCCUCACAUGACUGGUGGGAGGGCCGGCUGAACGGCAGCCGCGGCUUGGUGCCUCAUCAGUACAUCGUGGUGAAGGACAGGCGAGUGAACAGCCCCAGAUGGGCUGACGCCACGUCUGACACACUGAGCCAGAAGACCGAUAGCGACGGAGGGAGCAGCAGCACCGAUGACAGGCGCUCCCGCAGCGAGCUGAGCUCCCCCACCGACAUCCGCCCGCCGGAGACCUACAACAGCCACAGGAGGAAACGGACCGAAGGCCUCUUCCGCCGCCCGCUCUGCCGCUCAGAUGCCCACAGCAAUGGAGGCGUGCUGGAGCGGAGCUCUCCGCCUGUGACGGGUCACUUCAGCCCCAGAGACCUGUUGCUGGGCCGCAGUCAGGGCCUGACCCCGCCCCUCGACAGCCCGGAACGCCGCCGCCGCUCCGCCGCCGCCGUCACCAUGACGGUGAGCCGACACGACUCCCUGCGCCGCCUGGAGGACAAGUCCGUCCGACGCUCCAGCAGCGGGCAGCACGGAUUCGGAGAACCGCACCGGUCCAGAGGUCUGGACCCCGACGGCCUGGCUCAGGACCUGGAGGUGACGGUGACCCUGGGGGAUCUGGGGGAUCUGCGGAUCCAGGGCUGCCGUCCAGCACCGGACGUGGUUCUGGACACCUUGGAGCAGGUGAAGAACGGCCCUGGCACCGCCUGCUCCUCUGAAUCGCCGAGCCCCCACAGCACCCCCAGCACCCCGGGCACGCCGGGCACCCCGGGCACGCCGGGCACCCCGAGCCCCCUCAGCCCGCUGAGCCCCCUCAGCCCGCUGCCGGGACCCCCGCCGGGACCCCCGAGGCCCUCCAACCCGUCGCCGGAUGCCCCGGGAUCCUUCCAGCCCGUGGCGACGGCGGCCGCCCGUGGUGCCGGGACCCCGCUGAGGCCCCCGGCCCUCAGGCCCAAACCCUCGGUCCCACCGAAGAGCGGCACCCCCCCUCUGCCCUCGCCGCUCGACAAAUCCUGCACCAUGUGAGCCAAACUGGGCCGGAAGUGCGCCGAAUCAGGCCGGCCCGGGCCAGAACUGGG